AUGCUGUUCCCGGCCAUUGUUUCAGCGAUACUCUCCUCGACAGCCGCAGUUGCUGCCUCUGUAGAGCGACGACAGACUUCUCCGAAUACCGCACUUGUCGAUCUCUCCGACAACCGAGGAACUCCACAACACCUGGCCUCCGGCCUCCUCUAUGGUAUUCUGGAUGUUCCGGCAGACCCGAACCAGAUACCCGACUAUUUCUUUACAGACAUUGGCUUCAACUACGCUCGAGCUGGCGGCGCUCAGCUUGAUGUGCCAUGCAGAGGUUGGAUCUGGGGUCUCAACGAAUACGAAUGCCGCUUUCGGUCAACUCUCCAAAACUACCGACUAACAAGGAAGUACGGUGGCAACUUUGUUAUUUUGCCGCAUGACAUCUGGGGCACUGAUCGUGCCAAUACCUCCACUAUUUGGCCUGGUGACAAUGGAAACUUUGCGGACUAUGACAAGUUCCUGGAUCAACUUAUUAGUGAUAUUGAGGCCAACGAGAUGCAGGCGGGUCUGGUUUGGGAUAUUUGGAACGAGGCAGAUGGUGUUUUCUUCGGCGGACGACCGCAGGAACAAUGGAUCAAUCUGUACACUCGUACGCACAAGCGCAUCCGGUGAGUAUCGAAACCCGUCUACAUCUAGCUGGCUCCUGUACUGACAUCACCAGAUCCGACUCCAAAAUGAACAGCGUGCAAAUCUCAGGCCCAUCUCAUGCCUCUCAGCCGGCUCCGGACAAUACCUGGUGGACGGCCUGGCUCCAACGAAUUAAAAGCGAGGACACAAUCCCCGACCAAUACUCCUGGCACAUCGAAGGAGACAUCAACAACCCCCUCGACGAUCUCCAGACCAACAAUGCAACCUUCGCCUCCAUGCUCAGCAAGGCCGAGAUGGCGCAGCCCAAAAUCGUCAAUAUCAACGAGUACGCUACCUUCGCCGAACAAGUCGCCGCCGGAGCCGCAUGGUGGAUCUCCCGUCUAGAACGCUACGAUGCCGUCGGCAUCAGAGGCAAUUGGUUGAGUGGAUACCGACUCCACGAUUUCGCCGCCAGCCUACUAGGGAAGCCAAACGCAGACAACAGCAAGUAUAAUUAUCAGGCAAAAGGUUACUAUCCCAACGGCGAAUGGCAAGUAUACAAAUACUACAACCGCGAGAUGACCGGCUCCCGAGUCGGCACCAUCGGGACCGGAGACCGCAAAAUGGACGUCUAUGCUACUGUGGACUCCGAUAUGAAGGUUCGCGUUCUUGCUGGCGUUCGUCUGGCUACUGGGACCUGGUAUAUCACCAUUAAUAAGCUGAGUGCUGUGGGAUUGCCUCCUUCUGGCUCGUUGACAAUCCAUACGUUGGGAUUUGUGGAUAAGGGACAUUAUGGAGAGGUGGAUGCUCCUACUGAUCGAGGGAGUUAUGCGCACACGUAUAGUGGGGAUAGUGUUACAAUCGCGGUCCAUCAGACGAGUCAGGAUCAGUAUACCGCUUGGGCGUUCGAGUUCUCGGGCGCCUAG